AUGGGCCUCUUGGCGCGUAGCGCCGUUCACCAAGCUGCUCGUCAUGUCACGAGCAGUGGCCGCUCCACUGUCCUCUGCAAUGCCGCUGUGACCUCCGCUGGUGCUAGAAACGCCAGCCGCAGCUUGGCUUGCUCGAUCUCAGGCGCAGCUCGUGCCUACUCUCAGCAGGUCGACGUGUCUGAUCGCGUGCGUGCAUGCUAUCACACAGGCUGUCGAAAGAGCAGGCCGCACCGUGCUGACAGAUCAUCGAUCGGUGCUUCUAUUCUUCCUGUAGGAAACCAUCACUCGUCUAUUGUACUCACUGGCAUCGCGCAAAGAAGUGGAGAGGUAUUUGCGCAUCUUUAGCGCUGCGAACAAAUUCGCAGUUCUGAAGGUUGGUGGUGCGAUCCUCACGCACCAGCUGGACGAAUUGGCUCUGAGCUUGAGCUUCUUGCAUCGAGUGUGCGUAUGAAAGCUCGGACAUGGUACUGCGAUACACCGGUUGUCAGCGUAAAACUGACAUUUCUGUGCUUGCACAGUGGUCUCUACCCGAUCGUCCUGCAUGGAGCUGGACCUCAGCUCAAUGAGAUUCUGGAGCGCGAAGGCGUUGAGCCAGACUACAUCGAUGGUAUCCGGAUUACUGGUCAGUCUUCAAACCUUGCACCCUCUUGCAGUGUCCUCAGAUCGACUGCUGAAACGAGCCAGGUCAUCCGUUCGAUCAGAUGCCCGCACGCUUCGCGUGGCCCGCAAAGUCUUCCUGGAAGAGAACCAGCGUCUGGUUGAAAAACUUGAGUCGUUGGGCUCAAGAGCUCGUCCAAUUCCUCUCGGGACUUUCACUGCAAGCUACCUUGACAAGGAGAAGUACGGCUUGGUCGGCAAGAUCGAAAAGGUUGAUAAGGAGCCCAUCGAGAGCGCUAUCAGGAGCGGCUGCUUGCCAAUCCUCACUUCUCUUGCGGAGACCGAGGAUGGUCAGAUACUGUGAGUAGCGUGCACGCAUAGACAGAGCUACAUUGAGAGGCAGUAAUGGGACAAGCGGAGUCUCUGGCUGACGCUGUGAUUGUGCAACAGCAACGUCAAUGCCGACGUCGCUGCUAGCGAGCUGUCCAAGGUGCUUGAGCCUCUGAAGAUCGUGUACCUAAACGAGAAGGGCGGCUUGUUCCACGGGAAUACAAAGGAACUGCUAGAGACCAUCAAUCUAGACGAGGAGUACGAUGACCUCAUGAAGCAAGAGUGGGUCAAGUUUGGCACCAAGCUCAAGCUGCGCGAAAUGAAGGAACUCCUGGACCACCUGCCCCGUUCCUCUUCGGUUGCUAUCAUUAGCGUCGACCAGCUCCAAAAAGAGCUCUUUAGUGACUCCGGUGCAGGAACUCUCAUUCGACGUGGCUACAAGCUGUACAAGAGCUCAAGCAUUGAGGAGGUGGGGGCUGAGCGCUUGCGCACCGUCAUUAAGGAAAACGAUGAGGAAGUCAAGGACGGCAGAAAGAGUGUAGCUCAAUUCUUCUCUGAACUCAGCAAGCACCCGUACACCAUCUAUGGCGACGAGCCCAUGGAUGUGAUCGCAUUCGUCUCCAGACCUGAAGGCGAAGUGCCCAUUCUUACGAAGCUCAUCUCGACUCGCAACGGUGUGCUCAAUGGCGUUAACGACAACGUCUUCAACCAGAUCAAGAAGGACCACAGGCGUCUUGUGUGGACUGCUCGUGCAGACGACGAGAACAGGGCAUGGAAUUACGAGCGCGCUGACGGCAGCUUCUCGCGCAACGGCCGCAGCCUUUUCUACUAUGGCAUUCAAGAUGUGAGCGAAGUGGAGAAGAUUGUGCGCAGCCUGGAGGAGAACAACAGGAUCGAGAGGGCGUACCUGCCUCUCAAUGCCUCCAAGCCUAGCAACGUCCCCGGUGGCGCGCGAGCCUUCUCCACCUUUGCUGCCUCCAGGCGGCAAGGUGCUGCUGCCCUCAGCGCAUCUACCAACGGCACUCUUGGUCGACGCAGCUACGCCACUGCUGUAGAGCGUUCUCAGCCUCUUCCCGCAACCAACUCGGAGAAGAAGCGCGUUGCAUUGAUUGGUGCUCGUGGCUACACUGGUCAAGCCCUUGUCAGCUUGCUCAACAACCAUCCCCACCUCGAGCUCUCCCACGUCUCUUCGCGCGAGCUGGCAGGUCAAGCGCUGGAGGGAUACGGCAAGUCUGAGGUGAGGUACAGCAACAUUGGUGUCGAGCAACUUCGCAAGCUGGAAGAAGGCAAAGGCGACAGCGCGCCCCCUGAUGCCUAUAUCAUGGCGCUUCCUAAUGGGGUCUGCAAGCCUUUUGUUGAGGCUGUCCAACAAGGCGGAGCUGGAAAGUCUCAAGGUCACGGUACCAUUGUGGACCUCUCCGCUGAUUAUCGCUUCGAAGACAAGUGGACGUACGGCUUGCCUGGUCAGUAAAAAUGUUGAGUCAGAAAGAACACAAGAGGUUGGAUAAGGGCUUUUGAAGAGGGCGUUCUGGAUAGACCCCUGACAUGGAAUGGGCAGAACAGCCGUGGUAACCUUUCUUCUGCCAGCAAUGAAUGAGUAGUUGACUUUUCCUCUCGUCCUCUUGGCCUGCGUGAUCCGUCUUUCUGCAGAGCUGUACUCUAGGCAAGCGAUUAGAGACUCCAAGUUGAUAUCCAACCCUGGGUGCUACGCUACUUCUAUCCAAGCUCUCGUCGCGCCUCUACUUCCCUUUUUAGAUCCUGCGGCGCCUCCCACAGUAUUCGGUGUGUCAGGCUACAGUGGAGCUGGAACAAAAGCCGGUCAAGAGAAUCCUUCUUCACCUGGCAAAAAGGUGACCGUUCCCAAGAUUGGUCCUGAAGACCUGAAGGGUGGGAUCCGACCCUACAGCUUGACGGACCACAUCCACGAGCGGGAAGCUGCCAGGCACCUCUCCGUCCUUGGCGCUGGUAAUGCCGGACCGGGAGUGGGCACUUCGAUCAAUCUCGCCUUUGUUCCCGUCGUAGCUCCUUGGUUUCAAGGAAUUAUCUCUACCCUUUCUGCCCCUCUGCGAACCAAAUUGACGGCCAAGGAUGUUCGAAAUGCGUACGAAGAGUUUUAUGCCGGUCAAGCCCUCGUCUGCAUCGGUAACAAUGUGCCGGAGAUUGGAGAUGUUGCGUUGCAGCAUGGCAUCAAGAUUGGAGGCAUUCAAGUCCACUCUUCCGGCAAGCGCGUCGUCGUUGUUGGAGGUAUUGACAACUUGCUCAAAGGCGCUGCUACACAAUGCUUGCAGGUGAGAUGAACGUUUGGAGGUGCUGGUGGCGCCAUCCUCGAAAAGCCGCUGACUUACGCUCGCCACCGCUGCUUGCCACUCACCAGAACCUCAACAUUGCCUUGGGCUACGAUGAGCUCGCAGGUAUUCCGCAUUGA